GUAAGGGCAAAACCUGUUAUAUAUAACCUUCUGUGAAGUUAAAGAAAUCUGUUCUUCUUAGAAUUGUUGGAUACACGUAUAUGCAAAAAUUAUUAUUAUCGUAAUUAUGUGUUCAAGCACUAUCGGUAACUUUUUAACAACCACCUUCUUGUGUCUUGUGCCGUAUGUCACAAAUUUGUUAGUUGUCUUCAUGGUUUUUUCCACUUGACUACAUCAAAUUCCGAAAAAAAGGUCAGAAAAUGUAAAAAAAAAGGCAAUUUCAUGAUUCAAUCACGUUUACCAACCUAAUUUUUGAAACCACUGCAUCAAUUAUUUUAGAAGCCAAGGUUGAAAGAUUUAUGGAAACCUUUCCUGGGAUCAUUUUCGUGCAACUUUCUACUCCUCUUUAAUUUAAAAACACCGUAUACAAUCCUUUUUUUGAUGGCUUUCAUUGAUAAGUGUCCUUUUUAGACAUUGAAAUUUUUCCAUAAUGCUUUUGACAAAUCGUCAUCGUUUCACGAAGAGAGUCUCGCCGGAGGGUAAAAACUAAAUUUCAUGAAAAUCGCAUUUUUGAAGUAGGUCUCUCUUUCAAACGCUUAUUUCCUAAGUAUUUAGCACUCCUUUGACUUAAUCGAUGAUACUUCAUGAAAGAAGGGAUCUUAAGACACAAAACUACAAAGCAACAUGCAUAGAUAUCAAUGAAAAUUGUUAAUAUUGUAAAAAACACACUUUAUCUCUUCUGGAAAACGGCACGCACAGUGUGGACAGCGUGCUUGCGAAUAAAAUCUUGUACACUGAUUAAACUGAUUGUACAUAAACAUAACAAUUUGAACUCUGUUGCUAUACAUUGUGAUUCAGGGCAAACUUUUACAUUGCAACCACCAUCUCAGGAAUGGACUGGUUCCCUUGUGCCCUUGUGCACAGUGUAAAAGUGUAUUGGAGCAAGGCGCCUCAUAUGUUGAGUUAAGCAAAAGCUUGCCCCAAAUCACGACGUAUAGCAGCAGUGUCUUUAGUAAGGAGAAUUUAAAUCGUUAUGUUCACCCGAAUUUAAAGAACUACCAAAUUUUAAUCAAAUUUAAUUCGCAGAAGGCUUAUUGUUAUAUUUGUCAACUCCGUCUUUUCAUAAAAACGGCAAAACAAGUUUUGCCAUUGGUCUUGUUGUUAAAGCUAUGGAAGACAUUUUUCUCUUCAUAAAGACGAAAAAAUGCGGUUCAUUUGAACUUUACCCCAUGGAGAUCAUCGUGAUUUAAAAUUACGUAGCAUUGGUCACUCACACAAAAUGGUGCAUCGGUACACUUCGACAUAAUACAAAGUGGCAUAGGCCUAUAUGCUUUACAUGUGAAUUCUAAAUGUACAUGUGAAUUUCAAUAGACAUUGACCUACGUUUAGACGCUUCGAUGCUAUCCGUUUUAUAGAGGUUGAUACUCUUUCAACGUGUUCAUCAAAUUGUACCAUACCCGCAUUAAUAAUAGUCUCGACAAAACUACAGAGGACCAUAAAACUGACUGACACUUUCAUUGGAUUAGAUUAUAAGAGGAUGGCUGUCCAAAUUGCGGUUGGACACGUAUUCGGGCGACACUGGCAUACCAGCAAAAUAAUUUGUCACGUUCGUUUCUGGAAUAAUUUAUUCCAGUGUGUUUCCUCAGCCUAAAUAAGAAUAAGGUUAUUUACAAGCACUUGUUGAUAUUCAUUUGCAUAAAGAAUUUUCUCAGAUAUUCAAAGAAAAGGAUUUAAAUUUCUCAGUUAACGCCGAAUGAAUUCCUUAGUUGCUGGACGGUACACUGCCUGAGUUCUGCUGAGAUCAUUGGGUGUGAUCCUCGUGAAUUAUAGGAAUUUUGUCAGAAAAAUGGAGUGGUCCAUCAAACUCACUCGUCUUAUGUGAACUUACCAGUCCGAAUAUUGUCUACCAGCUCACACAGGUUUGUUACUGCCUCCCUGUGUUGUCUGACUUUUCAAGUGUGACGGUCAACUGUUGUAGCAACUGAUACAACAAACGUAGGCCUACGUAAACGUGUAGUGGUAUAAAAGUAAACACGAGGUCUGCUGUAGUUAAAAUUAAAGGACUGCUAUUUCAAGAGAACAAUCUGAUGGUACGUACAUGUAUAAAACUGAAGUAACGCCCGUGAUCUCAAGUAUACAGUACCCAGACAGAUGGAGAAAUGCCAUACUCAAAACGAUUCACUGGUAUUCAAGUUUCGCGCCUGAAAGGUUAGGAUCUCAAGACCUCUGCUGGAGGGGGUAACGCAAUCUCGUAUAUAGCUGAGGUGGCCUACACUAUGAUGACAUUAUCUUCAGUGUUCAACCACACAUGUCCAAAACAUUUCUGACGAACUUGCACUUACGAAGAAAACUGAGCCCAGAGCUUCAAUAUUCAGCACUCAGGAUCUUCUCAACACCGUCAAAAAGUCGAACCAUUUCCUAAUACUGAAGAGGUAUACAAUGAACUGCACCACACGAUGAAACCGCUUCCCCGUCGGCUGAUUAAGACAAUCAUCCUGAGCGUUUGUUUCUAUGGUUACCUGAUGCUGGGAGCGCUCACUUUCCAAGCAACAGAGGCUGAGCCACACCGGAACUUGCUCAAGAAAUCGCGACGACAACUUCUCCGAGCCCUCCAAAACUUCACUGACGCGAACCAAGGAUGCGGCGUCGCUAUGGACCGUGUCAGGGCCCUGCUCCAGGCGGCCAACAACGCGUGGGAGCGGGAUGCUUUCCUCGUCGAUCCGUCCAAUGGUGUCCAACCUGUUUGGAACCUGGUCGACUCAAUGGCAUUCAGCUUGGCGGUCGUCACAACAAUAGGAUACGGAGAUCUAGUACCAAGGACCACGGGAGGCCAGGUGUUCUGCACGCUGUACGCAGCAGCAGGGGUCCCACUAUGUUACUACAUGCUUAUGGUGGUGGGUAAGACGUUCCGGACGGCUUGGGUGACACUGUUCAACUGCUUUGCCAACCUGAAACACCGAGUGGGCCGCCGUAUUCUGUACCUCAUCAUGCCCCUCACUUCGCUGUGGAUCUUCCUGGCUGUCAUACCAAGCCUGACGCUGAUGCAGACCGAGGGAUGGCCGUAUCUGACGGCGCAGUAUUACAGCUUUGUCACACUUAGCACCAUCGGCUUCGGGGACGAGCAGCCCCGUAGAACCUCGCCGUAUACUGGCUACGCCUACUCCAUCAAAGUGAUAUUUAUCGUGUACAUUCUGCUAGGCCUAAGUAUCAUUUCCAUUACCUUCUCCGGCGUGUCGAUGGCACUCAGCGAGUUUCGAGAGAAGACAAAAAGGAAAAGGAAAUGCGCACUGCACAGAGAACAGAUUGAAGACCACGUAGCUGUUACUAAUGACCCUAGUGUCACCCCCCUAUCCUAUAGGCAAAGGGUACCGAUUCAGUCAGCGGUAACGAGUGAACUCUGAGCCAAGGUGUGUAGCCAAUAUACACGCGUAAUACAGGCGACUGCUCUGAAGUUAAAAUGCCGAGUUAUAACCAUGAACGAUAACGACAGCAAACGUGAUUGCAAGGGGAAGGGUAGCAUUAAAUUGAUCGACGUGGCUCCAACGAGCUGGAAGUACCUGUUGCCAACCAGGCAUAACCUACAUUUUCGUUUUGAAGACGGCUUUGCCGAGAAACUUGGGGCAUGGUUCUUCUCUUUUGCCCUAUAGCUGGUCAGAUGAGCGGCCCAAAGGGGUUAUCCCCCCGGGGAAAAUUUUUGUUUCAACUAUUAAUGAAAGGCGUUAGGGGAACUUUAAUUUCCCAUCUUGCGAAAGCGUGUUUAAGGGCUGCAUUCUUCCGAUGAGCAAUUAACAUUUUAUCAAAAAAUUCCUAAACUUGUUAUUGCCCCCAGGAAAAAUGUCUCCCCCCCCAAAAAAGUUGGUCCUGGACCUCCCCCCCU